AUGUCUUUACUGGAACUUGUACUGACGGCUCAACAGCAGGUGUUUGGAAUGGACAUACUGGCUCAUCACCUGGUGAGCCUGAUCACUGGAUCCCAAGCAGUGUUUGUAGGGAUCUUGCCCUGGCAUAUGAACCUGGGAAUAAUGAUGGAGCUCUCAAACCCCUUCCAAAGCAUCAGAGUUGCCCUCCUCGAACUCGGACAAAAAACAUCACAGGCCUACCUCGUGAACGGCAUCUGUUUCGUGGUCGUGUUCUUCCUGUGCAGAAUCGCCACCAUCCCUCUCUACUGGUACUACAUCCUUCCCUUGGUCCUCUCGGGCAGAAUGUUCCAGUUUGACUGGCUGAGCAUUGUUACCGCCCUUGGCACUCACACCGUGUUCGAGCUUAUGAGCGUUUAUUGGUUUGGAAAAAUGGUUAGAAGUGUGUUAAAGUUAGUCAGUGGCGAAAAAAAGAAAAAAUCAUAUUAG